AUGGGCCUCGCCCCUCGCCGCUGCGAGUUUGGCACUCGCCCCGACACCCUCGUCCCUCGCCGACAAUCCAGGGCUGCUACACCGGCCUUCCCCACGCGUCAUGGAACUCCCAUCAGCAUCGCUCGAAAUCCCGCAAUCCAAGCCACCCGAGCCAUCUGCGAUAAUAAAUCAUCCAACAUCCUCGCCCCAAAUCGACGCCAACCUCCCCCAUCGACGCAGAUGAUGGAGUUCCUUAAAGACCAUGCCACCCCAAUCCCCAUCACCCCCAAGCCACACGGACGCCGCGCCCACCCCCACGCGCUCCCAGUCCCGCAGCCCCCGAAGCGAGUUCCCCGCGACCCCUGCAUCUGCCCGCCGCGACAGGCGAUGCGCAGACGCCGCGCUCGCCCAGCUCGCUCACACAGCGCCAGCCGCUGUCGCCCAUCAAAGCCGCCCCCAACCGUGACGUGCGAUCGGCGGCCAGAGCAGCCAAAUCUACCGGCCCGAUGA